GGUCACUCUGCGGCAGGCCGGUCGAAAUAAUAACGCCACAUCAGUUCUAAAUUAAAUUAACAAAAACUGGGCUAAAACCAGCUAAGUACUGGUGAAAAGUGAAGAUACCUGGAAAGGAAAGCCCCAAGGUCUUCUCUGUUUUCCGCAACCGUAAUGUGCGAGGUGGAAUCACCGUAAAACGAGUGGAAACAAUGUUACGUGCCGUUGCUUUGUGUGUGUCUGUGGUGCUCCUGGCACUAUAUACGCCGAUUUCUGGGGAAUCCAGUCAGAGUUAUCCCAUUACCACGCUGAUCAAUGCCAAGUGGACGCAGACGCCGCUGUAUCUGGAGAUAGCCGAAUAUCUGGCCGAUGAGCAGGCGGGCCUCUUCUGGGAUUACGUUUCGGGGGUGACCAAGUUGGACACGGCUCUUAAUGAAUACGAUACCGAGUCGCAGCAGUACAACGCCGCUGUGGAGCUGGUCAAAAGCCAUGUGAGCUCCCCGCAGUUGCCGCUGCUCAAGCUGGUGGUCUCGAUGCACAGCCUGACGCCCAGGAUUCAGACCCACUUCCAGUUGGCCCAGGAGCUGAGGAGCAGUGGCUCGUGCCAGGGCUCAACUUUCGCCCAGGUGGGAUCCGAGUUGGCCUGCAGCUUCAGCGAACUGCAGAAGAAGCUCGAACUGCCGCUGGCCAAGGAGAGCUUGGAUGCCGCCGUGGUCACCUACAGCUUCGAUCACAUCUUCCCCGGCAGUGAGAACAAUACCCGCACUGUGGUUCUGUACGGCGAUUUGGGCAGCUCGCAAUUCCGCACCUACCACAAGCUACUGGAAAAAGAAGCCAAUGCCGGCAAGAUUCGUUACAUUCUGCGUCAUCAGUUGGCCAAGCAGGACAAGCGACCGGUGCGUCUUUCGGGCUAUGGAGUUGAACUCCAUCUGAAGUCCACGGAAUACAAGAGCCAGGAUGAUGCCCCCAAGCCUGAAGCGGGUUCUGCUUCUGCUGAGGAUCUGGCUAAUGAAUCCGAUGUCCAGGGCUUUGAUUUUAAGGUUCUGAAGCAGAAACAUCCUUCACUUAAGAGAGCACUGGAUCAACUGCGUCAGAGGCUUCUUCAGGGCAACGAUGAGAUUGCCCAACUGAAAGCCUGGGAGUUCCAGGAUUUGGGUCUCCAAGCAGCCGCUGCCGUUGCGGAAAUUCAGGGAGAUGAAACUCUGCAGAUACUUCAAUACACUGCCCACAAUUUCCCCAUGUUGGCCAGAACCCUGCUGGCCCAUAAAGUCACAGAUGGCUUGAGGGCGGAGGUCAAGCACAAUACGGAAGCAUUUGGCAGAAGCUUGAAUGUGGCGCCUCCCGAUGGAGCCCUCUUUAUCAACGGACUGUUUUUCGAUGCCGACACCAUGGAUCUGUAUUCCCUGAUUGAGACGCUGCGCUCGGAGAUGCGAGUUCUCGAGAGUCUGCACAGCAAUAAUGUAAGGGGCAGCCUAGCCAGCUCUUUGCUCGCUUUGGAUCUUACGGCCUCCAGCAAAAAGGAGUUCGCAAUUGAUAUCAGGGACACAGCUGUGCAGUGGGUCAACGAUAUAGAGAACGAUGCACAGUACAGGCGGUGGCCCUCCUCUGUAAUGGAUCUCCUGCGGCCAACGUUUCCCGGCAUGCUGAGGAAUAUCCGCAAGAAUGUGUUCAAUCUGGUUCUGGUGGUGGAUGCACUGAAGCCCACAGCCAGGAGUGUCAUUAAGCUGUCCGAAUCAUUUGUCAUUCAUCAGGCGCCCAUUCGUUUGGGACUGGUCUUCGAUGCGAGGGACGCCAGCGAGGAUAAUCUGGGGGAUUACAUAGCCAUCAGUUGUGCCUUUAACUAUGUGAGUCAGAAGAAAGAUGCCCGAGCUGCGCUGAGUUUCCUCACCGAUAUCUAUGCAUCAGUGGGCGAGACCAGAGUGGUGACCAAAAAGGAUAUAGUAAAGCAACUCACAAAGGAGUUUACUACCCUAAGCUUUGGCAAAGCGGAGGAGUUCCUGGAGGAGGAUUCAACCUACGAUUAUGGCAGGGAGCUGGCUUCGGAAUUCAUCCAGCGAUUGGGUUUCGGCGACAAGGGUCAACCGCAGGCUCUGCUCAACGGUGUACCAAUGCCCAGCAACGUUGUGACCGCCGACAGUGACUUCGAGGAGGCAAUUUUCACCGAGAUCAUGACCCACACCACCAAUUUGCAAAAGGCCGUGUACAAAGGGGAAAUGACGGACAGCGAUGUGGCAAUCGAUUACCUGAUGAACCAACCCCAUGUGAUGCCCAGAUUAAAUCAGAGAAUUCUCAGCCAGGAGGAUGUCAAAUAUCUGGACGUUAAUGGAGUAGCCUACAAGAAUCUGGCUAAUGUAGGGGUACUAAAUCGUUUGUCGAAUCGCGAUAUGACCGCCACGUUGAUGGAGAAUCUCAAGUACUUUGGCGGCAAGAAGUCUACGGAACUGAUUGGCCGUUCGUCGCUGCAAUUCCUCACAAUUUGGGUGUUUGCGGACUUGGAGACUGAACAGGGUAGAGCUCUACUCACUCAUGCCUUGGAAUAUGUCCAGAGCGGCGAGAGUGUGCGUCUGGCUUUUAUUCCAAAUACCGAAGGCCCUUCAGGAUCGGAGAAGAGAAAUCUUAAUCGCCUAGUUUGGGCUGCCAUGCAGAGUCUGCCACCAACUCAAGCCACCGAGCAGGCUCUCAAGUGGCUGAAGAAACCCAAGGAAAAGAUUGAGAUUCCUUCGCAGUUGGAGGACAUUCUGGGCUCCACGGAGCUGCACCUAAAGAUGCUGAGGGUUUAUUCCCAGCGUGUGCUGGGCCUGAAUAAGUCCCAACGCUUGGUCAUCGGUAAUGGACGGCUUUAUGGCCCGCUGUCCUCGGAGGAAACCUUUGAUAGCGCUGAUUUCGCUUUGCUGGCCAGGUUUAGUUCCCUGCAGUAUGGCGAUAAAGUGCGACAGGUUCUAAAAGAAUCCGCUCAAGAUGUUAGUGAGGAAUUUACUAGCGAUACGUUGCUUAAACUUUAUGCCAGCUUGCUUCCCAGGCAAACCAAGACUCGAUUUAAGCUGCCUACGGACUUGAAAACCGAUCACUCCGUUGUGAAACUGCCGCCCAAACAGGAGAAACUGCCGCAUUUCGAUAUUGCCGCCGUUUUGGACCCAGCCUCUCGAGCUGCACAAAAACUAACGCCUAUUUUGAUUCUCCUCCGUCAAGUGUUGAACUGCCAACUGAAUCUGUUCCUAAUUCCUGUGCCCCAGCACAGCGAUAUGCCGGUGAAGAACUUCUACAGAUAUGUCGUAGAACCAGAGGUGCAAUUCGAGGUGAGUGGCGGCAGAUCCGAUGGUCCGUUGGCCAAAUUCAGCGGAUUGCCCGCGAAUCCUUUGCUGACCCAGCAGCUGCAGGUUCCCGAAAACUGGUUGGUCGAAGCAGUGCGAGCCGUCUACGAUUUGGAUAACAUUAAGCUAAGCGACAUUGGUGGACCCGUGCACAGCGAAUUCGAUUUGGAGUAUCUGCUUCUGGAAGGUCACUGUUUUGAUGCUGCCAGUGGUGCUCCACCGCGAGGAUUACAGCUGGUGUUGGGUACCCCAAGUCAACCAACUCUAGUGGACACAAUUGUUAUGGCCAACUUGGGUUAUUUCCAACUGAAAGCAAAUCCUGGAGCUUGGUCACUACGCCUGCGUGAAGGAAAAUCAGCGGAUAUCUAUGGAAUUAGUCACAUUGAAGGAACCAAUACCCAUCACACCGUGGGAUCAUCUGAAGUACAGGUUCUUAUAACCUCUCUGCGGUCGCAUGUCGUCAAAUUGAGGGUUUCCAAGAAGCCGGGCAUGCAACAGGCUGAACUCCUGGCGGACGACAACGAACAGGCAGCGCAAUCGGGCAUUUGGAACAGCAUCGCCAGCAGUUUCGGUGGCAGCAAUGCCAAUCAGCCGGCCACUGACGAGGAUGCCGAGACCAUUAAUAUCUUUUCUGUGGCCUCGGGACAUCUCUACGAACGUCUGCUGAGAAUCAUGAUGGUUUCUCUGCUGAAGCACACCAAAUCUCCGGUGAAAUUCUGGUUUUUGAAGAACUACCUCUCCCCGCAGUUCACGGAUUUCCUGCCGCACAUGGCCAGUGAAUACAACUUCCAAUACGAGUUGGUCCAAUACAAAUGGCCACGUUGGCUGCAUCAGCAGACGGAGAAACAGCGGACCAUUUGGGGCUACAAGAUCCUCUUCCUGGACGUCCUCUUCCCGCUUAAUGUGAGAAAAAUCAUUUUCGUGGACGCCGAUGCGAUUGUGAGAACCGAUAUUAAGGAGCUGUAUGACUUGGAUCUCGGCGGAGCGCCCUAUGCCUACACACCGUUCUGCGAUUCGCGCAAGGAGAUGGAGGGCUUCCGUUUCUGGAAGCAGGGAUACUGGCGAAGCCAUCUGAUGGGCAGACGUUACCACAUUUCCGCUUUGUAUGUGGUGGACUUGAAGAGAUUCCGCAAGAUUGCAGCAGGAGAUCGGCUGAGAGGCCAGUACCAGGCACUUAGCCAGGAUCCGAACAGCUUGUCCAAUCUGGAUCAGGAUUUGCCCAACAACAUGAUCCACCAGGUGGCCAUCAAGUCGCUGCCCGACGAUUGGCUGUGGUGUCAGACGUGGUGCAGUGACAGCAACUUCAAGAGCGCCAAGGUGAUCGAUUUGUGCAACAAUCCGCAGACCAAGGAGGCCAAACUCACCGCCGCCCAGAGGAUUGUGCCCGAGUGGAAGGACUACGAUGCCGAGUUGAAGACCUUGUUGGCUCGCAUCGAGGAUCACGAGAAUUCGCAUGGCAGGGACGCGACUGUUGACGAUUCGGUGGAGGGCAAGGGCACCACUGCGACGCCUUCUCAUGAGCCCAAACACGGCGAGCUGUGAUCAACGCGUAGUUAAAUCAACAUGUUUAGUGAAUUUAAGUCAGAUAUCGAUGGAUACACUCUUGAUUACGUAGCUAAGACCCAUAUCCCCCGACAUUGCGACUAAACACAUUUGUACAUUUUAAAUAGAACUUAAUGCGAUUGAUAACGUAAAACACACAAAACAGCUCACUAAAGUCUGAAUUGUUCUUUCAACUCGAUUUUUAAAAGAUUUUCUUGUCUUGCAUUCCAAGAGCUAUGGCCACUUAUUGAAUUAAGCUGAAAUUGAAUGUCAUUAAACUAUAUACACAAAGAACGCGCCUUUAAGUUGAAAAGUUUUUCAAAUGUAUUAAAAGUUGGAGCAAAUAGAAAUUAAA